CAGAAGCCACAGGCUGUAUGUACUCUUGUCUUGACUUCAGAAUAUAGGCCUGCAUCGGUUCAACCUUCUUGACGAAAGUUCAAACGUGGACAUUUCUGUGCAAGUAGACGGCGUUCGAAGUUUCUUUGUCUAACCGCGGUUCAUUGCGAUAUUAGCGCACCUAAGCUACGCGGAUCAAACAAAGGACUCAGGAGGAAUAAGGAAGAAGAAUGGCUGUGAUCCUUCAGGACCACAGAACUAAUGCUUUGGAGUUGAAGGAACUCCACCAGACGAACAACGUAUCUCAGUUUCAAGGUGUAGUUUGGAGUGAACUUUCUGAAGACCUCACAGACCUUCCUAACUCGUCGCACUUUACAGACCAAUCUUUAUCGUUAGAAGUGCACGUUGCGGGUCUGCUGGUAAUUCUUACAGCUAGCUCAAUUAGUAAUGGUCUUGCUUUGCUCGUGUUUUACAAAAAGCCACUUCUACGUACCAGUUCCAAUAGGUUUGUGUUAAAUUUGUCAGUGACCCACAUGUUGCAUUCCGUGCUCGUGUUGCCAUUCACAGUAAUUUCGGUUAUUCAUGAAGGAUGGAUAUUUGGUGACAUCUGGUGUCAAGGGAGCGGAGUCAUGUCACUUUGUCUGGGUUUAGAAACAGCAUUUUCUUUGGUCUUGAUAUCUAUGGACAGAAAUAGAGCAGUGAACAGCCCUCUACAAUACACCUCUUCCACGACGAAACGCAGAACAGUAUAUCUCAUCAUUGGAAGCUGGUCCUUGUCGGUUCUUCUAGUUUUGCCGACAGCAACUGGUGUCUCGAAAAUUAAGUUCAAACCUUCCUGGAAUCACUGUGUACUUUCUGGUCCUCUAGGUGACUCCGUGAACAUACUUUAUGCUGCGCUAUUGACCUCUACCGGGUUCUUGCUUCCUUUCAUCAAGAUAAGUUCGAUUUAUUUCUCCAUGCUUCAAGCUGCUCGUGCUAAUAAUGCGCGGGCGCGAAAGCACAGUCUAGGAACCAUCAUCCCUGAUGCUCAAAUUCCAGAUUCUUCGACCAAGGGUUCGAACCCCUCCGUUCCAAAGACAAAAUCUUGUCGGCGCAGCUCCAACACCAGCCAAUCUUCCGUGUUUGGAGACGAAUGGAAAGCCAUUCGAACUGGACUCUUAGUGAGCACUUCUUUUCUGUUUUGCUGGGGUCCUUACUUCAUAGUUUUAUUUGUAAGUAGCUUUGUUAGUGAAGACAACUGGAUGCCACCGUACUUUGCAGAAUUGGUUAGUUUAAUGGCGGUGGCGUCAGCUAUUAUUGAUCCAUACAUUUAUGUUUUUCGAAACAAAGCAGUUCGAAAGAACGUCAAAAGACUUUUUUUGUGUUCCAGCAAUGCUUCUCAUUUACCGAGCGUGAGAAACCGAAAACCACAGCAAGUGCCCAGUACAGCAGUGCUAAAACUGACAUCUGGAAACACUGUAGAACACAUCGUGGUUCCCUCAGUGGGUAACUCAGCUCUCCCCUCGAAGAACAAAGACGUGAAGAAUAAUUCAGAAAUAUUUUCUCAGUCGAACCAGAGCUACACAGGUGAACUUUUUGAUAACUUUGUGUGCUACCCACCGAAAGAUAUUCCGAUUAUCAACCAAAAAGUAUUGAUUACUGAGACAAAAGGAGAUGAGAACUGUACACCACACAGGUCUAUCAGACCAGCUGAAAGAGUUGAAAAAUCCUUAAUGUUUUAUCUGUUCACUCCAUCUUCCAGUAGUCUCUAAAGAUAAUUAAUUGUGUUUAGAAUAUUUCCCUCGACAUUAUCCUCUAUUAUAUCAAAGUACAUACAUAUAUUUAUCUAUUUAUACAUUUCAAUGUGUAAAGCACCAUGUAUUUAGAAAUAAUCCCUAAUGAAGUUCAUGUUUGUUGGCCAAAUGUAAUUUUCGUAUCGAAAUAUCUUAUAAUAUUGACGUUUGAUUUUGGCGUAUAGAUUCUAGUUAUAUAAGAGAGAGAGAAAGAGACUUAUUGCACUUUGUAAACUUUGUUUAGCCUUAACUACUUAGGUUAUUUUACCAUUUGUUUCUACAGAAAGAAAACAAGCGUUUUAAGUUUGUUAAUGGUUGCACGAAGUUUAAAUACCGUUUUCUUUUACCAUCUGAAUAACAGUGACGAUAUAUAUAUGACAAAAAACAGUACUGUCUGUUCGUGGCCUAUGCUACAGUUUUACCCACUAAUGAUGUAUGACAACAAACAGUGCUGUCUGUUUGUGGCUUAUGCUACAGUUUUACCCACCAAUGAUGCAUGACAAGAAACAGUGCUGUCUGUUCGUGGCUUAUGCUACAGUUUUACCCACCAAUGAUGUAUGACAAAAAACAGUGCUGUCUGUUCGUGGCUUAUUCUACAGUUUUACCCACUAAUGAUGCAUGACAAGAAACAGUGCUGUCUGUUCGUGGCUUAUGCUACAGUUUUACCCACCAAUGAUGCAUGACAAGAAACAGUGCUGUCUGUUCGUGGCUUAUGCUACAGUUUUACCCACCAAUGAUGCAUGACAAGAAACAGUGCUGUCUGCUCGUGGCUUAUGCUACAGUUUUACCCACUAAUGAUGCAUGACAAGAAAGAGUGCUCUCUGUUCGUGGCUUAUGCUACAGUUUUUAUCCACUAAUGAUGCAUGACAAGAAACAGUGCUGUCUGUUCGUGGCUUAUGCUACAGUUUUUACCCACUAAUGAUGCAUGACAAGAAACAGUGCUGUCUGUUUGUGGUUUAUGUUACAGUUUUACCCACUAAUGAUGCAUGUCUGUUCGAGGUAAAGUUUUACCCACUAAUGAGUAUGCGCGUAUUAUUCAUGUGAUUGUCUCACUACAGUAAUCAACUACAGGAUACCUAUCAUAUUUGUAACUAUUCACCUUUUAACCUAACAAUGGCAAUGAGUAAACUACAGCACCGCAAGCCUAGAAAAGAUGUACAUUCCGCCAUUUUAGAAACCGAAAACAAAGAUUGUUUGUCUGUAGGCCAAAUAUUUGUUAGCAGGAAAAGUUCCCGUCUUUUAUUGAGGUGUUCUUUCUGGUGCUGUGUACGGAAUUGAGCGAAUUAUAAAGCUAAUACGAUGAUACUUUAUUUAGUUCAAAUAUUUGUACGUUUAGCAAGUUUUUUUUUCACGACUAUAUGAUAUAUAUUUUGUAUAUGUAGAUUUUUAUUUUUUGACAAACUGAAUGUGGUACAUACUUGAGAACAAUAUCGUUUGAAAAACUUAAGGAAACACUUUUCGUCCAUCUAAAAGUUUAUCGUCAUUCAGAAGCGAUAAAAAUGGAUAAUCUAAAAACUGUAAUUCUAAUCUUAAAUUAUGCAUUAGAGGAUAAGGUAGGCACUAGAGCAGCGCGCGCUGGAGGUUUUAGUUUCAGCUCUGUUUGGAAUACUUCGCUUGUCAUUCUCUUCGUAAGCAGUGUGUUUCACACUUGAUUAAACCAGUUAUUUUCCUUGGUACUUUAGGAAAUAUAAUUUUAGCAUCUUUUGUCUAUUGUGAUUUGUCUUGACUUCGCUAUGUAUGCGUAAAGAAAAGAAAUAGCCUAAAGUAUUUACUGAAAGAUAGUUCUAACGCAAACAUGUGUUGACAUUUGAAAUGUUCAAACUUAUGUCUCUGUUUUUGAAAAUUCAUGUACAGAAUUAAUAGCAACAGAUAACUCAAUAGAAAGGAAAUUAUUCAUUAUUUGAAACUUAGAAGAUACAGGCAAAACUUUACUAUGUAAACCGAGUGUCAAAAGACACAAAUUAAGUUAGGCCUAAUAAAAUAAGUGUCUUUUGAUUCAGGCAAAACUUUACUAUGUAAACGAAGUGUCAAAACACACAUUUAAGUUAGACCUAAUAAAAUACGUGUCUUUUGAUCCAGGCAAACUUUACUAUGUAAACGAAGUGUCAAAACACACAUUUAAGUUAGGCCUAAUAAAAUACAUGUCUUUCGAUCCAGGCAAAACUUUACUAUGUAAACGAAGUAUCAAAACACACAUUUAAGUUAGGCCUAAUAAAAUACUUGUCUUUCGAUCCAGGCAAAACUUUACUAUGUAAACGAAGUGUCAAACACACAUUUAAGUUAGGCCUAAUAAAAUACGUGUCUUUUGAGCUGCGGCGUAUUUUUAGUAUUAUUAUUCUUGGAAUACCUCCGAAAGGUCGGGAUUUGAUAAGAUCUGUAUAGAACAUUACUUGCAGUAGACUUAUGACGAAAUCCUGACCACUUGGGUGCCUGAUUAAGUGUUAAUCCAUCUAUUCUGUUUAAGCCAUUUCAAUUUUAUAGGGUUGGAAUCAGAACGUUUUUUUAAAAUAAUUUUCUGUAUGAAGAAGUGUUUUUCAAGUAUUUUUAAAUAACUUAUUUCGUUUAUAUUACAACAUAUGUUAAAUGAAAUGACAUGAUUAAUUCCACCCCUAUUAUUCUUCACUGAAAGGUCACUAUUCAGUAUUGGUCCAUGGUAAGCCAAACAUUGUAAUGCGAACUUAAAUCAGUAAUUAAGGUCAGACAAAAGUAAAACGUCAACUUGCCCAGAAAGGCAAAUAUGUUCCUUAGAGUGCUAUAUUAGUGACGCAUGAACCGAGAACUCCCCCACCUCUAGAAAAAGUGAGAGCGCCAGCUCAAGUAGGGGACCAAAAAACAAACAAAAAAACUUACACUUAGAGAUUUAAAAUUAAAAAAAAGAAAGAUACAUAUUGUAUAGUAUUACUAGUCACUGAAUAGCAAUACCCUUCACGUGUUGCGGGGUGGCUUUCAGAGGGUGUUUUGACCCCCCCCCCCCCCGGUAGAGGGGCUACGCCACAUAGAUAAGGACAGUUCCUUGGCCUGCAAAGUAAGGUUCUGCUACCUCCAAAACUGUGGGAGGACAGACAAACAAGCUCACACUGACGAACAAACAAGUUCACAUACAACAUGCAUAAAUGGAGGAUAACAGUAAUUAAAACGAGUUUUGAUAGCCAUGAAAGUAAAGCACUAAAAUAGUUUAUACUGCUUUGUUCGAACAUUAACCUUAGAAGUUUCAAAAUGAAGAGGAGAAAGCUACUUAUAUGAUACAAAACGUCCAUAAAAGAAGCAGGAAUAUUGGUAGAAAAACAAUAUAACGAAAAAAAAAAUGAAACAUUAGGGAGAGGGUUUGUUUGUUUGUUAUGGAUUUCGUGCAA